CUCCAAACUCCUCCAUUAUAGUCUCUCCGGUCCCCCGAAACUCUCACAUCUCUGCAAUCAAUUCCUUCGCCAAACCAAAUUCUUCAAUUUAAAUUCUCCCGUCUUGGAAAUUCAAUCAUCAUUCAUGACCACAAAGAAUCCAGGCUCUUCAGUUUCUCCUCCCAGUAGUUCCUCCUUCCCGGCCGCCGCCACAACCUCCGGCAAGGUUCCGCUGCGCAUUUCUGAUGUCCUGGCCCUUCCUCAGGACGACGAACCCGAGGAAGAUUCUUUCGAAACCCACCAUCAGCGUCGCGAUUUGAGGAGUUUACUGAUGGGUGAAGAGGGUUUUUGCCAACAAGAUCGUCGCCGGAUUUCUUACUGUUCGCCGCCGCCGUGCCGUCUCGUCGCCCGGUGGAUGUCCUGGAUGAAGCGGGUGAAGAUCAAGGGAAUUUCGAGGAAGUGUUGCAAGAGAGAAAGUGGGGAUAGAGUGGAAGCGGAUGUGCAGCAUAGGUGUUUGACGAAUGGUCUCAACGACGUGGGUUGCAGGAACGAGGCCUGUUUCAAUGCAGGGAUUGGAGCUUAUCUUCUGUACUUAGUUGCAUCGACGAGAAGCGAGCUGGAUAGGUUCAACGCGGCGCGGGUGGAAAUGGAGACGAUUCUACGAAAUAACAAACAACCACAGCGGCGGCGGAGCUUGGAGGGAGAUCGUAAAGAUGGUGAUGUUCUACUUGAGUUCUCAAUCAGAAAGUCUGUAGUAUUAGAAGAAGAAGAUCAUGAUGAUGAGUGCGAGCCCGAAUUCCCCACAAAUUCGUACGCCUUGCCAGCAGCUGCUGCUGUUGCUUCUUCUUCUUCUUCCUCCUCCUCCUCAACUGUGGUUUCAGGUAGCGAAACCCCGAAAAGGGAGGAGUUUCUGGAAGGCAUGGAACAGCUAGAGGCGGAACUCGAAGCUGAACUUGAACUCUUGCAGCUCCAAUUGGAUGGAGAUAAGUUGAUGGAACAUUCCCAGCUCCUAAGGGUCAGGAAUGGGGAGGAAACUGAAUCUUCAAAAACCUACAGCAUGACCUCAUCAGAAGAAGAAGUGGAGGAAGUGAUCGAUCCAGAGCAUAGGGAACCGGAUGCCGAGUGGCCUAGUGGCGUCCACCCUUAUGAACUGGCAAGUAGACUGCACGAAGUUCUGGAAGCAAGACAGCAAGAAGAGAUCAGAGAGCUGGAAGCCGCUCUGGAACUGGUGAAGCGCAAGCUUGUGGAGAAAGAGUUGCAGGUUGCUUGGUGGAAAGCCGUGGCCAGAGGACGAAAACUCAGCAUCAGUAGUUCACAGGAAGUACCGAGCUAGCUCCCAAAGUGGAAAUGAUUUGUUAUGAAGUGAGCUCCAGUUUCAUGAGUAAAAAAAGACUGAAUCCCUGGUCAACAUUUCUGUCCGGCGAGCUCUGGUCUCAUGAGCCUUAAAGGAUCGAAUCCAUGGAGGAUCAGUUGAAUUGCAGACAAUUCUUUCUUAUUGUAGUCAUGUAUACAGAUUGCAGAGUUGAUUGGAUAAGUUUAGGGCGAGUUUCGUUGAGAGAUUCUGCUUAUUGUCGGCAGUUUUGACGUGUUCUUGGUUCGGCUAAUAAUCUCUAAUUAGGGGAGCGUAGGCCUUUUGUCUUUAUGAAGGUAAGCAUACAAUCGGCCCCAAUUAAAUAUGUUGAAAGAUGUUCUAUUUAAACUGCAACAAGUUGGCGGCACGUCCAAACCUCUGUCGUGUCACUCUUGUCUAGUUUAUGCUUCUAAUCAAUCAUAUGAUAUGUGACUUAACUACAUAGAUAAUUAAAUAUCAAUAUUAACCAAAUUCUUAGAAGAUAAUGAGAUUUGAAUGUAUGUCUUGAUUUGUAAAAUACAAAGAUUAGUACGA